AUGACGAAGGAAGAAUUGAGAGAUGAGAUCGAAGCCAUUGAUGCGAUUUACCCCGAGUCAGUGGAGAAACUUGGUCCUCUGAUUUAUAAACUUAUAAUCCCCAAUCAUGAAUCAUUAAGUAUUCAAAUCACAUUUCCAGAGGAAUAUCCUGACACGAUACCCGAGAUUAUCCAGCUUGUAGUAGCAGAGAAUAGUAAGUAUUUGGAUCCAAGCUAUUUAGAAGAAAAUUUUAAGAAGAUUCUAACCAGAACAUUCCACGAAGGGGAAGUAGUGGUAUUCGAGCUAUUUUCAGAGAUUGAACAAUUUUUAGAAGAGUAUAAUGCAACUCAUGAAGAACUUGUGAAAAAUACCCCUUCGCCCAAGCCCGAAGAAGACGAAAAAGGUAUUAUUGAUAGCAUGAAAUACACAAGUUUGGAAGAUAGCCCGAAGACAGACGUGAAGGCCAAAUCACCGCCCCCGGCUAUUCAAACCAACUCUAAGUACAAGAUUGUAGAUCCUCUUACUGGAUGGUAUUUCUCGGACCCUAUUAUUGAUAGAGGAUCUACCUUUAUUGGAUUCGCUCGUGAGGUUCACUCAGUUGAUGAUGCGGCAUACUACAUUGAUUUACUAACCACAGAUAAGAAGGUUGCCAAAUCCAAUCAUAAUAUGAGUGCUUGGAGAAUCAAGAAGGAAAAUGGAGUACAGUAUCAAGACUGUGAUGAUGAUGGUGAAACGGCUGCUGGUGGCCGAAUGUUGCAUUUAUUAACGAUGAUGGACGUAUGGAAUGUUGUUGUUGUUGUGAGCAGAUGGUUUGGUGGAACCCACAUUGGACCAGACAGAUUCAAACAUAUCAAUACUGCAGCCAGAGAAGCUGUUUUGAACGGUAAUUUUGGAGAUGCAAAAAAUGACAAUGACAAUAAUAAAAGUACUAAUACAAAGAAGAAGAAAAAAUAA